UGACCUCGGUGGUCUGAUGGACCUGGAGUCUCUGUACCGCGGUGUGGAGCAGAGUAUCAACCACACGAGAGCAGGGCGAAUGCGCAGACAGACACUGGACAGGGCCUACAACAUUGAGGUGCUGCUGGGCGUUGAUGACUCAGUGGUCCAGUUUCACGGGAAGGAGGACGUCCAAAAGUACCUGCUCACACUCAUGAACAUCGUGAAUGAGAUCUACCAUGACGACUCUUUGGGAGCAAAGAUCAAUGUGGUGCUGGUGAGGAUUAUCAUGCUGGGCUAUGGCAAGUCCAUGAGUCUGAUCGAACUGGGGAACCCAUCUCAGAGUCUGGAAAACGUGUGUCGCUGGGCCUUCCUGCAGCAGAAGCAGGACACAGGGGACACCGAGUAUCACGACCACGCUAUCUUCCUCACACGACAGGAAUUUGGCCCCACGGGAAUGCAGGGUUAUGCCCCAGUGACAGGCAUGUGUCACCCUGUGAGGAGCUGCACUUUGAACCACGAGGAUGGAUUCUCCUCUGCCUUCGUGGUGGCACACGAGACCGGACACGUGUUGGGGAUGGAGCACGACGGCCAGGGGAACCGCUGUGGAGAUGAGGUGCACAUGGGCAGCAUCAUGGCUCCACUGGUGCAAGCUGCCUUCCACCGCUUCCACUGGUCCAGAUGUAGCAUGCAAGAGCUGGGACGCUACCUGCAGUCCUAUGACUGUCUCCGUGACGACCCCUUUGACCACAACUGGCCGUCACUGCCGCAGCUCCCUGGUUUGCACUACUCCAUGAACGAACAGUGUCGCUUUGACUUUGGUGUGGGCUACACGAUGUGCACCGCGUAUCGCCCAUUUGACCCAUGUAAGCAGCUGUGGUGCAGCCACCCAGACAAUCCCUUCUUCUGCAAGACCAAGAAAGGACCACCCAUUGAUGGCACCAUGUGUGGCAAUGGGAAGCACUGCUUUAAAGGUGAAUGCAUCUGGUUGACCCCUGACAUCAUAAAGCAAGAUGGAAACUGGGGUUCGUGGAGUGAGUUUGGCCAGUGCUCCCGCACCUGUGGUGGAGGAGUACAGUUUCGCACACGUGACUGUGACAAUCCAAGACCAGCCAACGAGGGCCGUAUCUGUGUUGGGGCGACUUACCAGUUUCAGAUAUGCAACUCUGAAGAAUGCCAGGAUAUCUACAGUGACACGCGGGAGGAGCAAUGCCACGCUUGGGACCCUCGCUUUGAACUCCACAGCAACAAGCACCACUGGUUGCCUUAUGAACACACAGACCCUAACAAACGCUGCCACCUGCACUGCCAAUCCAAGGAGACUCGGGAUGUGGUCUUCAUGCAGAGAAUGGUCCUGGAUGGCACACGGUGCUCAUACAAGGACCCGCACAGUGUGUGUGUGCGUGGAGAGUGCGAGAAAGUGGGCUGCGACAGUGUGGUCGGCUCCUCAAAGCAGGAAGACAAGUGUGGAGUGUGUGGCGGUGACAACUCCAGCUGCAAAACCUUCAAAGACACCAUCACACGCACGGCCAAGAAACAAGGAUUCCUCAAAGUUCUUGAAAUCCCCAGAGGAGCGAGACACCUCCUGAUCCAAGAGCUUAAAGCAACUUCACACACUUUGGCUGUGAAGAACGUGGCAUCGGGACUGUUCUUCUUGAACGGAGAAAAUGAAUACCCAGAAUCCCACUCGGUCAUAGAGAAGGGCGUGGAGUGGGAAUAUAAGAACGACAACGACAAGGAGACGCUUCAGACCACUGGCCCUCUCAGACAUGGAAUUCUUAUUAUGAUGAAGUUACACGGGGAUGAGGAUGUGAAUUUAUCUUAUAAAUACAUGAUGAACAUGGACAGUGACUCUGCCAUUCUGAACAACAUGCUGGUAGAAGACAGUGCCUACGAGUGGGCGCCAAAGAGAUGGUCCUACUGCUCCAAGCCCUGUGAUGGAGGGAAACAAUACCUGCGAUACGGCUGCAGAAGAAAGGUUGACAGUAAGAUGGUCCACAAGAGCUUCUGUAACAAGUCCAACAUGAAGCCCAGAGGAGACACCCGAGACUGCAACCAGAAGCCCUGCCCUCCGCCCAUCUGGGUGACAGGCGAGUGGCAGAACUGCAGCAAACCAUGUGGAAAGACGGGGAUGCAAAUUCGCUCGGUCAGCUGUGUCCAGCCGUCAGAUGACAACACCACGCGCUCCAUUCACAAUAAACACUGCAACAAUAACCGGCCAGAGGCCCGCAGACCCUGCAACCGACAACCCUGUCCCACCCAAUGGCGAGUCGGACCGUGGUCACAGUGCUCAGUGACAUGUGGCAACGGGACCCAGCAGAGACAGGCUCUGUGCCACACCAGGGACAACAACAUCGGCCUGUGCCUGGACACCGUCAGAGUCUGCCGCUUGGAUCCGUGUCCCAAGGGCUCAUCCGACCUCAACAAGAACGGCAACAUCCUGAUCCAGUGGCUGUCUCGGCCCAACCCCAACUACCCGAAGAUCUCCUCACGUAAAACCUCCCUCUAUAGUUCCCAGCCUGGCCUCCACAGCAGCAGCCGCAGCUGCAUGUCUGUCCUCUGCUGGGCCCUGCCCAUCUCUGUCCUCCUGUCUCUGCAGGGCUGGCCCCGACUGGCCCCCUGACCCGCCCCUCCCCUACGUCCCG